AUGUCCGACGAGCAUUAUAUCUUCCAUGAUGAAUCUUUGCUGAGAACGUCUUCCUAUGCUGGAGCUUACAUUCAAAGAACGGGUUCAUUGGUAAGACCAGAAAGAAACCAAUUUGAUGAUCCUUCAAAUCCACAUCAUUAUUAUGCUCAGAAGACUAAAGAGACUAGGGUAAGCGUUAAUCCUUCUUCGACUGGAAUCCAGCCAAAUACAGAUAUUUUUCCUUCAGAUAUAAUUUCCAAGGAAGGGCAAGUUUUAAAGCCUAAGAUUGCACAGCGGAGAGAGGCGGACCCUUUGUCACUAUGGCAAUUCUACUGCUAUAUGAUUACUUUUUGGGCUCCUAGUCCUUUAUUAGAUUUGUUUGGGAUGCCAAAGAAAGAGCGUCAGUUCGCUUGGAGAGAGAAGGUUGCUUUAAUAUCCGUUAUUCUCUAUUGUGGUGUCUUUGUUGUAUACUUGACUUUUGGGUUUACCAAUUCAGUCUGCAAUACCGAACAACCAAGAAUCCGCAAUAAUGAAGUGGGCAAUGAAUUCUUAAUCAUCAAUGGAAAAGCAUUCAACUUGCUUUUUUCGUCACAUCCUGCAGCGGCAGGAAUUGGUGCCGGAACUAAUAUUUUAUACGAGCCAAUUAGCGCUGCUGGCAAGGUGGGCUCUUUUUUAUUCCAAAAUGUGAACGGUAAUUGCAGAGGAUUAAUAAGACCAAGACAAAACUGUACAAUACCACAUGUUGGAGACGAUAUUGCAUGGUAUUUUCCAUGCAAAUUAAUUUCGCAGGAUGGAUCCACAGCUCCUGACUUUUCCGCAAACGAGUUCUACAGUGGAUGGGGGUGUCACACAUCAUUAGCGGCACGAGAAUCAUACUAUGAAUUAAAGGCUACCGCUGACGUAUACUUUACCUGGGAAGACAUUAAAAACUCGACAAGGAAUUUAGUUGUGUAUAAUGAUGAGGUUUUGGACUUGGACUUAUUAAACUGGAUUCAAGUAGAUGACCUUGAAAUUCCUGGAGCAUUCGAUGAUUUAAAAAAUGGAGGCCUACGAGGCUACGAUAUUUCAGUUAUACUAUCUAACAGCCAUGAAAAACAACUUGCUAGAUGCUUGAGCGAACUUGUCAAAGUUGGGGUCAUUGAUUCCGAUACAGUUGGAUGUAUUGCUUCGGAAGUGGUGCUUUACAUAUCAUUGAUCUUUAUUCUUUCUGUUGUCGCCAUAAAGUUUCUUGUUUCUUGCUACUUCCAUUGGUGUGUUGCUAGGAAGCAAGGUGCAUGUCCUGUCGAUAAUAAAACUUUAGUCAAGAUGGUGAAUGACAUUGAAGACUGGUCUGAAAAUAUCAAUACACAGGGUCCAAUUAGAGAAGUCACUGCACCAUUACCAGGAACUUAUCGGAAUGAUGGAGUCCCCCCACAAUUAAGAAAUAGGUUAUCAAGAUCAGACUUAAGAGGAAUUGCUGGCUACGAUGAAACAAUGGUUGAGAAAUUAAAAAGUUUUGGAGUUACUACCAUGACAAUCCAAAGUGUGCUUAAAGACUGCAAUGAAAAGCCCUUAUAUGGGCCCAAAACAUCAACCUCAUCGAAUGUCCUACAUUUAAACCCAUUCUCUGACGAUUUAUUUUCACAGCGACCAGUUGAAAGUUUGGAAACUUCUAUAUUACAUCCCAAUAUGAUCCCACAACCAAGUCCAGAUUACACUCCCUUCGGCUAUCCAUUAAUUCAUGGAAUAUGCUUUGUAACAUGUUAUUCAGAAAAUGAGGAAGGUUUGCGCACUACUCUUGAUUCCCUAGCAACCACUACUUACCCAAACUCUCAUAAAUUGUUAAUGGUUCUUUGUGACGGUUUAAUAAAAGGACAUGGUAAUAGUAAGUCAACUCCAGAAAUAGCAUUAGAUAUGAUGGAAGAGUUUGUAGUACCUCCUGAUCGCGUUGAAGCACAUUCCUAUGUAGCGGUAGCCUAUGGUACUAAAAGGCAUAAUAUGGCUAAAGUCUACAGCGGGUUUUAUAAAUAUGAUAAUAAUACCGUUCCACCAGAAAAGCAACAGAAAGUGCCAAUGAUUUGUAUUGUAAAAUGUGGAACUCCAGAUGAAAGAUUGGGACCAAAACCAGGAAAUAGAGGUAAGCGAGACUCACAAGUUAUUCUAAUGUCUUUUUUACAAAAAGUGACAUUUGAUGAAAGAAUGACGAGAUUAGAAUUUGAAAUAUUAAAGAACAUUUGGCAAACUACCGGGCUAAUGAGUGAGUUUUAUGAAUAUGUAUUAAUGGUGGACGCCGAUACUAAAGUAUUCCCUGACUCUUUGACACAUAUGGUUGCAGAGCUUGUUAAAGAUCCCAAAGUGAUGGGCUUAUGUGGUGAAACUAAGAUUGCCAACAAGAAACAGUCAUGGAUAACCGCAAUUCAGGUAUUUGAAUAUUAUAUCUCUCACCACCAGGCAAAAGCCUUUGAAUCAAUCUUUGGAUCGGUUACGUGUUUACCAGGAUGCUUUUCAAUUUAUAGAAUAAAAUGUCCGAAAGGCUCCGAGGGCUUCUGGGUUCCAAUUCUCUGUAAUCCUGACAUUGUUGAACGUUACUCAGAUAAUGUGACUAACAACUUGCAUAAAAAGAACUUAUUAUUGUUAGGAGAAGACAGAUAUUUAUCUUCCUUAAUGCUUAAAACUUUCCCAAAGCGUAAGCAAAUCUUUGUUCCAAAGGCGGCAUGUAAAACAAUUGUACCCGACCAAUUUGGGGUCUUACUUUCCCAAAGACGUCGCUGGAUUAAUUCCACUGUCCAUAAUUUAAUGGAGUUAGUCUUAAUUAACGAUUUAUGCGGGACCUUCUGCUUUUCCAUGCAGUUUGUGAUCGUUAUCGAAUUAAUAGGAACAGUUGUUUUACCAUUAGCUAUUUGCUUAACAAUCUACGUCCUUAUUUUUGCAAUUGUUGCAAAACCAGCUCCAGUUAUAACCUUGGCAUUGUUAGCCGUUAUUCUUGGUCUACCAGGUGUUCUUAUUGUUGUUACAGCAUCAAGAUGGUCGUAUUUGAUGUGGAUGGCAUUAUAUUUAAUUGCUCUUCCAAUUUGGAACUUUGUUUUACCCACAUAUUCCUUCUGGAAGUUCGACGACUUUUCAUGGGGAGACACCAGACAGGUUGCUGGCGGCGACAAAGGUAACCACUAUGAUGGUGAAGGGGACUUCGAUGGUUCUCAGAUACAAAUGAAAACGUGGAGGGAAUAUGAAAGAAUAGAGAGAAUGGACAGAGCAAACAAAAUUGAGUCAGUAGAUGAGAUAGGAGAAUCUGAAAGCGGAGGGCUAGGUGUUAUGAAGCAUAUCAAACAGUAUCUAAAUGCACCCAAGGUUUUCCCACCAAUUGAAGAAGGUUACGUCUACGAGGGCGGAAAGCAUAUACAAGGCACUAGUAGUAACAAUUCAGGAACCAGUGGUACUGGAAUUGUGCUCCAGGCUAUUGAACAAAGUGUUGACGAUUUUGAUGAUAUAUUCUAA